CUCCCGCCCCCCGGGGCAUUCUGACGUGGGUGGCGGAGGGCGGGCCCAGCGGCGGCCUUUGGGACGGGGGCUCCCAACAUGUCGGCGCUGCUGGCGGCGCUCGGAGUGCGCGAGCGGGCGGCGACUGCGGCCGGCGGCGGCCAGCGCGGGGCGGCCCACGCGUGAGGCCGAGCCAGGCCCACCCCCACCCGGGCCGGGCCCUGCUGGGCCACCUGGGGCCGGGACGCCGGGGGACGCAGGCGCUCGUCCGCCGACAGGAAAUACCAAAAUAAAGCAGAUGUUGUGUCCUGUACUGUUAUCUCAAGGUUUUGCAAGUCAUUCUGUUAUGUGCUUCUUGGCAGCAGGAAUGUAAACUAACUUUUUCAGCACUGAACUAGAACCUUGACCAGGUUGCGGCUACAGAUGCCAAAUGCUAUGGAAGUGACCUGUAGAGAUACUCAUCUUUUUUCCCUUAUGAAAUCACCACCAUUGAGGCAAAUUAAGAUUCAAUAUUGCAUAAACAUGGGUGCAUUUUUGGAUAAACCAAAAACUGAAAAACAUAAUGCUCAUGGUGCAGGGAACGGCUUGCGUUAUGGCCUCAGCAGUAUGCAGGGAUGGAGAGUGGAAAUGGAAGAUGCUCACACAGCUGUUGUAGGUAUUCCCCAUGGCUUAGAGGACUGGUCCUUCUUUGCUGUUUAUGAUGGUCAUGCGGGAUCUCGUGUUGCAAAUUACUGCUCAACGCACUUACUAGAACACAUCACUAACAAUGAAGACUUUAGGGCAACAGAAAAACCUGGAUCUGCUCUUGAGCCUUCAGUGGAAAACGUAAAGAGUGGAAUCAGAACUGGCUUUUUGAAAAUUGAUGAGUAUAUGCGCAAUUUCUCAGACCUCAGAAAUGGGAUGGACAGAAGUGGCUCAACAGCAGUGGGAGUUAUGAUUUCUCCUGAGCAUAUGUACUUUAUCAAUUGUGGUGAUUCACGUGCUGUUCUCUAUAGGAAUGGACAAGUCUGUUUUUCAACACAGGAUCACAAACCUUGCAAUCCAAGGGAGAAAGAGCGAAUCCAGAAUGCAGGAGGCAGUGUAAUGAUUCAGCGUGUUAAUGGUUCAUUGGCAGUUUCUCGAGCUUUGGGGGACUAUGACUACAAAUGUGUUGAUGGCAAAGGCCCUACAGAACAACUUGUUUCUCCAGAGCCUGAGGUUUGUGAAAUUUUAAGGGCAGAAGAAGAUGAAUUUAUCAUCUUGGCUUGUGAUGGAAUCUGGGAUGUAAUGAGCAAUGAAGAGCUCUGUGAAUUUGUUAAGUCUAGACUUGAAGUAUCAGAUGACCUGGAAAAAGUGUGCAAUUGGGUAGUGGACACUUGUUUACAUAAGGGAAGUCGUGAUAACAUGAGUAUUGUACUAGUUUGUUUUUCAAAUGCUCCUAAGGUCUCAGAUGAGGCAGUGAAAAAAGAUGCUGAGUUGGAUAAGCACUUGGAAUCACGGGUUGAAGAAAUUUUGGAAAAAUCGGGUGAAGAAGGAAUGCCUGAUCUUGCUCAUGUCAUUCGCAUUUUAUCUGCGGAGAAUAUCCCUAAUUUACCGCCAGGAGGUGGUUUAGCUGGCAAGCGUAAUAUUAUUGAAGCUGUGUACAGUAGGCUGAAUCCACACAGAGACAAUGAGGGGUGUUGGGGGAAAGUGAUUUAUUUGAAGAUUAUAGCAUCCAUUUUAAAAUUUUUUAAAGAAAAAGUUUGACUUUCUAGAAAUGUUAUAUUCCAUAUUUAUGCUUGUGGUAUAUUUUUUCCAAGUCCAAAUUUAUUUCUGAAUAGCUGUGCAAGCUUGCUGAAAGCCUUAACAUGUAGUACAAUUUUGUUUUGGAUACUGGGUACUUUCAGGAUAUUUUUGUACGUCAUUCAUUAUGAUUUAAUGAAAUGAGGUAUCUGAACUAAAUAAGCCAGUAAAGUACAUGUACAGGAAUAUAACUUAUUACCAUUGCACUAAAAAAUGAGCCAUGUUUUAUUUGGGUUUCUAUUUAAUAUGAAAUCUGAGUAGUACACUACAGUUUAUAAACUUUUGCCUUCUGUUCGUAUCUAGUGCAAAUCUUGAUAGUGAUCUAAAUCAUUGUCUUUAGUGAUCUAAAGUUAGGUACACCUAAACUUUAAUUUGAUCUUCUGGCAAGAUGUCUUUCACCAGUCAGUACCUUUAUUCUCUGUCUUAAGUGAUUCUGACCCCGAGAAGUUUGAGGGGAGGAUGCUGCCACUGGGCGAUGGAUGCAAUUCCUUUUUGCACUUUCCCAGUGAGUAGGAAUUGUUAUCUCACUCUCCCUAAGAGUAGAUAAAUCCAGUGGGCCUCAUCUCCGAGGUGAUGAAAGCAUGACAGCCUUGUUAGUCUCAUUCAGUCCUUAGUUUCAGGUCUAUCUAUGGUGGUGAUCUUAGUUUUUUGAGCUGGAUAACUGGGGGCGGGGAGGAGGGGAAGAGGAAGGAAGGAAGGAAGAUGUUCGGUUACUCAAUAUCAAGCUCUGUAAAAUGUCUACACAUUGUGAUUAUGUUGCUACACAUCUCACUUUUAAAUAGGAAGCAAAGGUAGGAAGGAAAUGGAGUAUAUCCCAGUGAUGACACUUCCAAAUAAAACUGAAAUAUAAGUAAUAAUGUUCCUGUUAUAGUAUGAAGCAAGAGCAGAGCUUUAUAUUAAAAAUAUGGGCUGGAGACAGAUUAUAAGUCUGCAGAGCAUGAAGAUGUGCUUACUUGCACUUAAGAUUCUUUUCCUAUAUUGGGCUAAACAACGUAUACUUGUUUUUGAAAAUUGUUUAUAACACACAGCACUACUGCUACUAACAAAAGUCUGCAUGUGGCAGUCAUCUUAAUCUGGCUGCUGAUGAUUUUAUAUAAGGUUAAAAUCAAUCUUUUUUUACAUUGACAAAAUAAUAAUAUAAUUGUGAAAAUAUGAAUACGUGUGGGUAAAAAAAAAAACAACAUGCAUGCAGAGGCACCCCCCCCCCCCCCAAACACACUACCACCACCAACCAGAUCAACUUCCUUUUAAAAAGCAUGCUUUUUAGUAUGAACAUUAUAAGCUCUUUGGAACCAUUACCUUGAGUAACUGUGAACUGGAGCGUAAUAGCUUGACAGAUUGGCUCUCAGGAAACAUUUAAACCAACACCAGGAUAGUAUCUUUCUCUAGAUAAGGUUCAUUUUUGCUCAGCACUACAAAGGUUUCAGUUAGCAUUGUGGUUGACUUAGAUUUCCCCCCCUCCAGCCCCAUCAAAGCUAGUCAUUCUUGGAGUAACUUCUUUCUAUUCUUCGGGUGUAUGUUCUGUUGAGUACAUGUCUGAAAAUCUUUGUAGCAUAUAGCUGAAGUAGAUCCUGUGUAGAGUGGGACACUGAGUAGUAAAGCCAUCAGUACUACAGCAGUGUCUAGAGAUCGCUAGUGUGGCUUCCGGAUAAAGCAGUUAUUAAAGGUUUUUCUUUUAGGCAUCUGGCCACAGUAAAAGUAUUUGGUAACUGCAGGGCUGAAGUGAACUGCAGGGCUCACCUGCAGCAGCUUUGCCAGUGUUUCUUUAGAGGGACUUUUGGAAUAAACGUAUUGACUUUUUUGUUCCAUUAUAAGUGCCGUUGAGGUCAUACAAAAAUCUGUUACAUAUUGGGGUUUGGGUGCUUUCAGCUCUUUGGAAUGUAAAGGAAUUUAUUUGUAGCUAAAUAAUUGUUACUCUUGUACUGUUGCAAUACCAUCAAGUCAAUCAUUCACCUUAAAAUUCAGAAGUACACUUUUGUUAGAAGUAUUGCAUGUUUUCUAAUGGCUUUGCUUCUAGGUUGUUUAGGCUACUUAGAUGUAUACGUAACUUUAAACAUGAGGAAUGAUGUUAAAGUUAGUGAGUUGUUACCAAUUUCAAUGGUAUUUGUUUAAAGCCAGGUUUAUGUUUGAGUGCCUUGAUGAAGACUGUUACUCCCUCGCUUUUACUAAUACAAUGCUCUGACACUUGCUAAAUUGGAUCCUGUUAUUAAGGGCUGCUACGGAUAUCCUUCCCUCCCACCCCCCACCCCCCAAUGGUCAGUAGCAAUAAGUUGGAAUAGGACACUGAGGAAGGCAAAUGCUAGCUAGGAGAAUACACUUCGUUGUCCUCAGGGCUUUUCAGGGACCUGUUCUAUACUAGGCACAGAUCAUUAGUGAGAAAUGUAUGUAAUAAUGUGUGUAUAUAUAGCAUAUAGCGUAUAAAAGAGGCAGUUUCUGCCCUACUGUUAUCUGUGGGAUAGCUCAUUGUCUGACACUGAGGAAGAUGGCAGACGAACAAAAUAGCCCAGCACCGAACAGGACACAGAGCAAAGCUGGUUGUGUGUUUCAGUACCAGAAACACUGUAAUACCCGAGUUAACUGUGACUCCUAAUAGUAUUUGAAUUGUUCAGGAUUCUCUGCCAUGCUAGUAUAUUGCUUACUGCUUUUACUAUACAAUAUUAUACAGGAAUAAAAGUAUUUACCUUAGUCUGCCAAAAGGGUUUUUUAAAGAUAGGGAUUUUCUGAAACGUAGGGGUUUAGGGACUACGUUUACUAAUGCCAACCCCAGAACAAAACUGGUAGGAGAGAGGGACUAUGAAACUUAAAUGUUUUCUGAAAUUUAAAAAGCUAGUAUUCUUCAGACCUGCUGCUUUGUUUAAUAUUUACUAGAUAAAUAAGCAGCAUUUUCUGUCAAAAUCUAGGGAAUAAGAUAGAUAUAGCUCAUCUUGAUGUUAUUUUUUUCACUGACUUUGUACUCAAGAGACACUAAAACAUUCCCACUUAUGCAUUCACUCUUCAGUGAGCUUUCGAAGAUGUAUCUGAAUAUGAAAAUGCCAGUAUAUGAGAGUCAGGGAUCAGGAGAUCAUACUGGAAGUACAUACGUCCUUAUGCAAUAAAUUAAGUUUUAUGGAAUAGCUUUGUACACAGUAAUACUCAUUUUUGUGGUAAAACUGUCCCCCUGUAACUUAAACUGUGCUGAUCAGUCUUGGCACUUCUAUUCCAGCAGUGUUAUAGCAUUUGUAAUUUUUGUGAACCCAAGAUACUGUCUUAAUGCUGCUAUUGAGCUUGUAGAUGAGUGAUUGAACUGCUUGUAGCCUUUCAAGCUUUUGCAGUAGAUAACAAUAAAAUGAGGUCAGCGUGAGAAGCAGUCUGGAUUUUGCCUCUAAUGUAUUGCAAAAGCUGCCAGCUUCCACUGAUCUAGUUCUAGCUUGAUAACUUCCUAGAUAUUAAUAAUUUAAGAUGUACUAUUCUCUCAGAGUGACAGUAUGGCUUUAGCACUCUAAAAUAUCUGGUAUCAGUGUCAGAGCACUGUAACAGAGGCAUGAGUCUGUUUUGCAGAAACCAACAAAAAACCCUUCCGACUUCUACUUAACUGAAAGUUUGUUGCCAGAUACGUGGUUUACAGAGGAGACUUCCAUUCCUUAAUCAGUGCUCGGUAUUCAGGCUUUGUGAUGUGCGUUUAGAUUUGAGCUUAACUAGGUAUUCUAUAUGUUAAUUUUUCUAUGGGAUAGAUAUGUCUGCCAAAAAUAGGAUGUUACAGGGUUCAAACACCACCACUCCAGGUGCUGAUAGGUAACUGCUUGUUUCUUUCGUGGCAGCAUCAUGCACACAAAGAUUGGGCCUUUAAUGUCUAGGGAAUGUUCACUGAGCUCUUUCGAUGUGAUGCUUUAGCUAAACUGUUAGCAGUGGAGUUACCUAUUGUUUUUAGUACACUUCUCACAGAAUGGUAUUGCUAUUGUCUGUGCAAAACUUCACAACUGAAAAUAUUGACCUGGUGGCUAAAGAAGUUUAAAUGUUCAAAUUUUUCACCAUCUGACGACUGACCACAAUUGUGGGGAGGAUGCCAGCUAUAUGCACUGAAAGACAAUUACAACCAGGAUGAAGUUGAUUGGGAGGAAGUACUGUGUUGCCACUGCUUGACUCAGAAUAAAUUAAAAUGAUUGUCAA